AUGAUAUUCAACCCUCACCUGAUGGCCCUGGCUAUUGUCCCAGGCCUUGUAUCAGCAACUCCAGCUCCAACUUCUGGAGCUAUCUUUCUGCAACGCACCCCGACCGUCCAACCAGGUGAACUCAUAACAGACGCCGUCGCCCGUCUCAAUCUACCCACCCAGCAUCGUCUGAAUGGAACUACAGCUACUACCUCCCCCGCCUGUGCAUUCAGACAUAAUUAUAACUCCUCUGCCUCCGAGCUCUCCGCCCCUCUCGCAUACGUCAACCCAGCCCUCUUCAGGGUGGGACAAGGAACCAGCAACAGCAGCGCUCACUCCAACAGCACGGAUCUCUGCGGCACUUCCAUUAUUGUUAUCAAUCCCCUUUUGACCAAGGUGGUAGCUGCUACGGUCGCAGGCAGUUGUGGGAACUGCUCAAUGUAUGAUGUUGAGCUUUCGAGGGCGGCAUGGCAAGAUUUAGCAGGAGCAGGAGCAGGAGCAGGGGCAUUGGGGGGAGACGGAGGGGAGUGGGGAGGGGCAAUGGGGAAUCAGAGGGAUUGA